UACUGAGAUGUAGACAGUGCCGUAUAGGCUAUACUGCCGGCAGCAGGUGGAUAACUACUUAUCAUUCUAUCAGCUGUGCCUUCUUUGAUUGGGGAAAUACAAAUACAAAUUGGUUAUCAAUGCAAACAGGAUGUUGUCGUGCUGCUGUUCCAAUUCGACGUGUUCCUGGGAACAGAUAAGAUCCCGGAGCCGUAGUGAAACAGACAACGGCGACGUGAAUCACUUGGUCGAGGAAGCGGACGAAAGCGAAAUUGUCGCGGACCUAACCAGGAUGGAUGUUGCACUUUUGACGGAACAGUACAACUUGACUAAAGAGAAACAAAAGCGCCAGACGCUGGUGGUUUUAUUCAGACAAGUAUCAACUGAUGCAGCAGAAAUCAGUGGGCAAUCUCUGGUCAAUGUAGUUCCAGUCAACCAGGAGAUGAAGAGCAAACACGAGAGGAAGAUGUCGGUCUUAGAGUCUGAGAAUGACUUUGUUGGGGACUUGGAGAGAGCCCCAUGGCGCAAACCCUUGGCUAUCCACCGACAGACCAACAUCAUUAUACCACCACAUACAAACCCCACAAUCACGGGCAGUAAUUCAAGUUUUACUUCGCUGUCUGAAGACUUUCCUGAGACGUCCAGUGAGAAGGUCUUGGGGGAUUCUAUUUCUAUCCAUUCUGUAGAGUUGAGUGCCAGUAACAGCAGUUCAGGCUCCCGGAAGUUCUCAGCCCCAGCCGUUUUGUCCAGACAACUGAGUUUUGGGGGGCAGCGGCCGCCUCUUCUCUCCUCUAGCCCCCAUCACCACUACCCGUUCCCCCAAAGAAAAGGGCCCAAGAAGUCGGAAGCUGCUAGGAGACUUGGGAUGUAUGCAUCAUUCUGAUCAGAUUAUAGGAGAGGGAAAGAGUCCUUUACAGUCUAUAGUGCAAUAGAGAAUGUUUUCUAUGUUUCUGCAGCAUUAAACUAAUCUUGUUGUUGCUAUAAAAGGACAUUUGGUAUGCAGCCAUGCAAAUAAUAUCAUGUAAGAUGCUGUGCCUUGCCCUAUAUAGGAUCACAUGUUAACAUUUGAGUUUCAUCACAGCUGAGAAGGGUAUCCAUCUCCAACCAUUGAGUGAAAUACUCCUCAAUGUCUUUAAACUUUCUUUUCCCCAGAGAGCACACGAUUAGGCCUACAGACAAUGGUGCGAUGUUUUGUUUUUAAUUACAGCAUUUAUCCCAGGAAAAUAUUCAAGAGAUGAUUUACAGACCAUUGUUAGGGUAAUAACAGGUGGAAUAAAAUAUAACUAAACAUUUAAAUGUUUUAGUUACAUUAACCCAAUGAGUCCCACCAUAACGCAGGCGUUUUUUGGACUUCUAACCCCUUUCAAACAGUGUGUGUGUGUGUUCGAGCUACAUGGGUUGUGCCAUUGGAUUUGUCUGUUUAUUCUGUAUCCGUACGUACCAACCAUUAGUCUGUGCGAUUAACAGGGGUCUGAGCUAGAGUGGUGUUUGUGAGACAAGGGCGGAUCCUGAAGGGGCCCGGGUCUUUUUACAAAAACAUCUAGAGUCUGUAUGGUUUGAGCUACACACUUAAAAGCCAUCUAUGAAAAACAGACACAUGAACAUGUUUUGCUCAAGAGUUGUUAGAAGGUAAGGGGUUCUUCUACAAAUCCCAUGACAGUGUCUAUAAUAAGCUCACAGUUUCUGUCCCAAACUCCACAGUUGUCACUGACUAGUUGGAUAUUCAUUUCCCAGUGAGGAAACGAUUUCUGUAGUUACAACAUUUACAGAAAUUCAUUUAUUCAUGUAUUUGCUUUGGCUGACUUUUUGUUGUUGGACAUUUGUCAAUAAAACUCAUGAAUACAA